AAAGUGGUGGCUGAAAAAAGAAGAAAACCAAAAGCCUCCGAAUUUGUUUAUAUUUUCUUUCAAGGAAGCCUCGUAAUUGUGAGCAAAGUUCGUGUUUUCAGAGUGAGAAAUAUAUUUAAAAAUUAAGUUUGAUUACAGAAAAAGUAAUUAUUACAAUGUCUAAGAGAAAAUUUGAUGACACUAGUAGUCAAGGGGGGAAAGUGAGUAAACAGGCGGCAGAAGAACAAGUGGCAAACACCGACUGGGAUAUCCUUUCCUAUCGGUCACAUUAUGAACCAGAAGAGCACUGGGAUCUGCGGCGUCGUUUCAUGGAGUGCCACCAAAGCUGGAUCCCGGAAGAUGAGCUCGUCUGCUUGGCGCAGGUAUUCGUCAACACCGAGUUGCUUCACUGCAGAUAUCCGCUGCAAACCAUGGAACGAAUAAAGGAACUGUCUAAGGGCAUUGCCGACGAGUACCGUGACUCCCGGAAGAACAAACUUCAAAGAACAUUCGUUUCCGCAUCGGAUGCCGCUGCCUCCAAAGUACAGAGAAAAGGUCCUGGGGAACAAGUGCCCCAACUGGCAACCUCUUCACGGAAGCAUAAACCAGUGGAAGUGAUCCGUUCUUUGGAAGACGUCUACAACAAUGUUGUUUUGCUGAACAACGAUUACCAACAAACCCAGAUCGAGUUCGAUCGUUUGGGGAAGAGCAAAAUGAUUAUAAUGUUUUCUAAUGAUGCCCAGGGGCGAACGGUUGGAGAAGUGCGAGUGGGACAAUUCACAUUACUACAAACGGUAAUCGAUGGAAAUGGGAAAGCGGGUAAAAAGGCUUUCAAGGCUGCUUUCAUCGAAUCCAUGGCAAAGCACUGUUAUAAAAUUUAUCGAAAAAAGCGUCCCACUGAGUUGACCAACACAAACGUGGAGCGAAAACAAGUGGAUGGUGCGGUAGAUCACCGAGGACGCAAGGUUGUGGAAGAUUUUCAGGAGAAAAAAAUCGAAGAAAGUAACCUCGGGUUCAAAUUACUGCAAAAACUGGGCUGGACCGGUGGCUCAUUGGGAUCGAAGAACGAAGGCAUUGUGGAUCCAAUCAACUGUCAGAUCAAAAUCGGUCGACAAGGAUUGGGCUGUGGUCCGGCCACAAAAGAGAAAGGCGAAGAAGCAAACAAGAAAGGAAAGAUCAAUACCCGCAACGAGACAUAUGGAAUUGAUAUAAAUUUUUAUCGGCAAAUGAUGCGUAAUUUUAAGAACAGCGAUCUGGAGUACGAUUUGGUGUUCAGCAAUGAAUUCACUAAGGAGGAACGAGCACUAUUUCACAGCAUGGCACAACAAUUGCAAUUGAAAACUCGCAGCUACGGCAACGACAAUGAUGGCACGCGGCAGUUUGUACUUUUGGGUCGAAAGCUUCCGCCUCACGAUCUUUUGGAGCGAAUUUUGGUGCACCAGGAUCCAAUAUUUUGCGAAAUGUACAGCGUUGAGCCGCCACAAGAAAGCAAAAAGGAUCAGAUCCCUUCCGCAAGCGUAUGCUGCCCCACGGCGUGUGACAUACCCACAAAAACCGAAUGAAAAUCAUCCGAAAAGAAAACAAUACUUAUAACGCUUAUUGGAUGAUGUGUUACUCAAAUUCCAGAUGCACCAAUACCGAAGUAGAAUCAUUAAGAUAUCGAAUGAUUAUUGUUUUGGUACGGCCCCAUAACGAAGUUCAUUCGGUAUUGGAAUGCAUUGCGAGCAUAUGAAGGUGCGGAUUGAUUGAGUGUGUGCCUGCUAAAAAAUAAUCGCCAUGUUUUGUUUGAACUCCUGCCAAAUCAGUUCGGUGGUUCGUUUUAUUUUCCCCCACAAUUAAAUUUAAAGUAACUUGGACAUUAUUAUCGGGCGAUAUGAUAGAUUGCGGUACGUACAAAAUAUAUAAUGGCGCAAAAAAGUGUAUAAAAUAUUUAGAAUGUCGUCUUUAUCCACAGGUUUGAUUCGUCUUGCUCGUCAUCGACUUGGCUUGCGCUUGCGUAGCAUCUGGUAAGUAGGAAAAAUUGUCUAAGGAAUAACGAAAGCAAAUUACAAUGAGCUUUGGUUUUUCAGGAUAUUGAGCCGGCGGACGGUUGCUGUGACAUUAUGUUUGUUUCGACAUCAGGGCAUUCACGGUAGAAGUUCAUACGCGCCAUAUAGACGAAUAAUGACCUCAUUUCUGUAGGUGAACCAAGAUACGAAUCAAGACACUUACAAUAAAUCAAGUACACGAUGCGCAAAUAAAAGGUACAUGCCAAUUUAAAA